UGUUGCUGCUUCAUCCUUUCGCAGGUCUAUGGAAAUGCAGGAUUUAGCCAGUCCACAUAGCCGUCUGAGUGCUGGCAGUGAGUCCCCCAAUGGUCCAAAACUUGAUAAUUCUCACCUAAAUAAUAAUUCCAUGACACCCAAUGGCACAGAAGGUGACAUGACUCUGCUCAGCACUGCAGACUGGUUGUUAAAUGUUAAUACACAGACCACUGCAGGUUUAACUUUAUUGAAAGUUAAAACAGAGCCAAUGAGCAGCAGUGAAAUUGCUACUACAACAACAGACGGGUCUUUAGAGAAUUUCUCAGGAUCAGCAAUUGGGAGCAGUGGCUUCAGUCCAAGACAAACUCACACGUUUUCCCCUCCUCAGAUAUAUCCUUCCAAACCGUACCCACAUAUUCUCCCUACCCCUUCUUCACAAACUAUGGCUGCAUAUGGGCAGACACAGUUUACCACCGGAAUGCAGCAAGCUUCUGCUUAUUCAACAUACCCACAGCCUGGUCAACACUAUGGAAUCCCAUCAUAUGCUUUGCUAUCACUAACUGAUUUAGGUGCAUUGUGGGCAGGCAUCAAGACAGAAGGUGGAUUGACGCAAACACAGUCACCUGGUCAGACAGGCUUUCUGAGCUACAGUGCAAGCUUUAGCACUCCUCAACCAGGACAGGCUCCAUAUAGUUACCAGAUGCAAGGAAGCGGUUUCACAACAUCGUCUGGAAUAUAUGCUGGAAAUAAUUCGCUUACAAAUUCUACUGGAUUCAAUGGUUCGCAGCAGGAAUAUCCAUCUUAUCCCACCUUUGGCCAGGGUCAGUACGGACAGUAUUAUAAUAGUUCUCCAUAUCCCCCACAUUAUAUGACAAGCAGCAACACCAGCCCAACAACUCCUUCCUCCAAUGCAACUUACCAACUUCAAGAACCACCAACUGGCAUCACAAAUCAAGCUAUAACAGAUCCUACAGCAGCAGAGUACAGUACAAUUCCUACAACACCAGUUAAAGAUUCAGAGGCAGAUAGGUUGCGUCGCAGCUCGGAUGGCAAAUCACGUGGCCGAGGCAGAAGGAAUAACAAUCCUUCACCGCCACCUGACUCUGACCUUGAGAGAGUUUUCAUUUGGGAUUUGGAUGAGACAAUCAUCAUUUUCCAUUCACUUCUCACAGGAUCGUAUGCUAAUAGAUAUGGGAGAGAUCCCCCUACUUCUGUUUCACUGGGACUAAGGAUGGAGGAGAUGAUUUUCAACUUGGCAGAUACGCAUCUGUUCUUUAAUGAUUUAGAAGAAUGUGACCAAGUUCAUAUUGAUGAUGUUUCAUCAGAUGAUAAUGGCCAGGAUUUAAGCACCUAUAACUUCGGGACAGAUGGGUUCCCUGCAGCAGCUACCAGUGCUAAUCUAUGCUUAGCAACAGGGGUGCGUGGAGGAGUGGACUGGAUGAGAAAGCUAGCUUUCCGAUACAGACGAGUAAAAGAAAUCUAUAACACCUAUAAAAAUAAUGUUGGAGGUCUUCUGGGCCCAGCAAAGAGGGAAGCUUGGUUGCAGCUUAGAGCAGAAAUUGAAGCCCUUACAGAUUCGUGGUUAACACUUGCACUGAAAGCACUCACACUAAUUCACUCUAGGACAAAUUGUGUCAAUAUUUUAGUAACGACUACUCAGCUCAUCCCAGGUCUUGCCAAAGUCUUGCUGUAUGGUUUGGGUGUGGUAUUUCCAAUAGAAAAUAUUUACAGUGCAACAAAAAUAGGAAAAGAAAGCUGUUUUGAGCGCAUAAUUCAAAGAUUUGGAAGAAAAGUAGUUUACGUUGUCAUAGGAGAUGGUGUGGAGGAAGAACAAGGAUCAAAGAAGCAUGCCAUGCCAUUCUGGAGGAUCUCAAGUCACUCUGACCUUAUGGCGCUUCAUCAUGCCUUGGAACUGGAAUACUUAUAGUAGCACUUUGUAACUUCGGAACCUCCCUCACAUCCGUGGACGGUGUUCCUGAGUCUUGUUUUAGCACUGGCCUACAGAAUUUUGUGAUUUCAUCAUGUUGAUGUGCAGCUGCAGAUGGUCUUAACCCUUGUCCUUUCAAUAAAUGGAGGAGCACAUCUUUUUCUUCAGAAACAGCUGUUCAUUCUAGUACUGUGAAUCCAAUGAGA